AUGUGUAUUGAAAGAAAUGUCCUCAUUUCAGUGUUGCAGAACCAACACUGCUGUUUGUGUCGGAUUCCAGCUGUGUUUGAGGCAGGCAUGCAUACGAAAUUCUUCCUGCUCCUUUACUUGAUCCUUCUCUUCUCAAGGACUCUGUGUGAUGCUCGCUGUUACUUUAGACCAGCCAGCAAAUACGGGUGCCUUUCAAACAGAAACCUCUAUGUUUUUGGUGCGGUGUGGAAGACUGAAGAUUGUUACCAAUGCAGGUGUAAGAUGAAUGCAAUGAUUUGCUGCAGCUUGGUUCUAAUCCCCAAGAACUAUGACAGGGCGAACUGUGUUGGCCUAUUCCACAAGAAAAGCUGUUCCAUCCGAGUGGUGAAGAAGACUAAUCCUGACAUAAGCUGCAAAGUCUACAAUGGAAUUGGUUAA